AUGUCACGCAUUCUGUAUCUGUUUCCGAGCGCUCUUGCCCUCUUCGCACAAACCGUUACGAAUCACAACGGUCACAAUUUCCCCUCCACCUCCUGCUUCUUUCCAUGGCGUAUUGGCCCCUUGACCCACAAGAAGAACCCACUUCAUACUUUCCCACCUCCUUCAAAGUCUCUGUUCGCACUGAAUUGUACAAGUGAGAGAAUUGGGGGUGAUAUUCUCUCUACUUCUUCUGCUUACGAAGUCCUCGGCGUCGUCCCUAACUGCUCUCCUGCCGAGCUCAAAGCUGCUUUUCGAACCAGGGUGAAGCAGUAUCAUCCUGAUGUAAGAAAAGAUGGGGAGCUUUCAGAUACAAUGAUUCGGCAUGUAAUUCAGGCCUAUCAGAUCUUGUCCAAAUACACCAAAACAGAGAUCAUUGAGAGGGAAUGCCUAGAUCCCUUUGAUGAACCAGAAUGUGAAGCAUUUGAUAUUUUUAUUAACGAGGUUCUUUGUGUUGGCAAAGGGUGUCCAUAUUCAUGUGUAGAAAGAGCACCUCACGCCUUCCGAUUUGCUUCCUCAACAGGAACUGCACAUGCAACUUCUCAAGGACAUGGUGAAGAUUACCACGUUCAACUCGCAGUUGGUCAGUGCCCAAGAAGUUGCAUUCAUUAUGUGACACCUUCACAGAGAGUUGUUCUAGAGGAGCUACUACACAGCAUCUUGGACAUGCCUUACGACACUUCAGCUGAAGCAGACUUGCUUUACUCGCUUAUCGUGAAAGCCAAAUUCGAGAAUAAUCGUUACCAGAAGCCAAAAAAGCAGCCCAAGGUUUCAACCGACCGUGUAGAUUGGUUCUGACAUUUGAGUGGUGAGGCCAUAUUCUGCUUAAAACUUUCCUUCACUCGGAGAACUCAACAUUGUAGGCAACGACACUAUCAUUUUAUGGGAAAGAUUGAAAACCAAGUGGUGUUGAGUAAUGCUGAUGAUGAUCAACAUACAUAAUACAUAGAACUAAUUGGGGAGGUAAAUACUGCUUCAAUUGUGAUGUUGGUGAAAUGAAAUUGAAGGGAGCAGUGAGGAGAAAUUUACAGUAAAGGGUCACCUAACAACCUCUGUUUGGUCCUCCCAAUCUUCUUUAUCAAUCUUACAUAUCAGUGGGAGUCCAGUAGGUCCUGGAAUUGAAUGUGUCAAUCAAUACUAUAUUCUUAUUUUAUUUUACUUUAUUUUUGCAAUGAGUGGUUGUACAAAUGAAUAAUUUAUUUUGUAAUCACUACUUCUGAGAUAUUUAGACUUGAUGGAUGAAGUGAUUCCUAUGUAUUUUUUGAGAAAGAAAUAUAAAAAAAAUCCCACUCUGUAUUGUCAUAGCCUA